CAACCUUCGAAAUGUAGGUCGCCAAGGUUUCUGUAUAUUUCGCUGUAUCAAAGAGAAUCGAACGACAAGAUUUACAAGAUUGUCGUGUAUAUACAGUGAUAUACCGUCUUUGAUAGAUACCAACUAUCACCAACAUGUUCACAAUGUACAGAAUAGAAGUUUUCUACGUCUACCAAAAAUUCUACCUCAAGUACCCUCAACCAGUAAACGUAAAGAAUAUUCAGAACGUCGAAUAUUAGGAUAUUCAAUGGAUCAGAUGUAUGAAAUAGUGGCUGAUGUAGAGAAAUAUCCUGAGUUUGUCCCAUGGUGCACCAGAUCCACUGUUACUCACAGACGACCUGGUCAUUGUAAAGCUAAAUUAGAAAUAGGUUUUCCUCCACUUGUAGAACGAUAUACCUCAGCUAUCACAUUAGCUAAACCCAAUCUAGUUAGGUCUGAGUGUACAGAAGGUAAAAUAUUUAACCAUUUAUUCACAGAAUGGAAGUUUAGUCCAGGCAUGCACGAUAAUCCUAAAACUUGUACCUUAGAUUUCUCAGUCAGUUUUGAAUUUCGUUCAGUGCUCCAUUCGCGACUGGCUCAUUUGUUUUUUGAUGAAGUUGUUAAAACUAUGGUGAAUUCCUUUUUGAAACGAGCCCAAGGUUUACACGGACCAGAGUCAAUCGCCAGACAGAAAGUAAAAGUUCUAGCCUACAAUUCUUGAUGAAGAGUGAAACAUUUUAAUUUCAAUUUCUUUGUUUUUAUUGUCAGGCGUAAAAUUGUAUGAUUUUAAUGUGGAUGUUGAUUUGACUGUAUUUACCAGUCAUGUCUAACGAGAGCUCUAGACUGUUAAUUUGACUGUAUUUACCAGUCAUGUCUGACUAGUGCUCUAGACUGUUGAUUUGACUGUAUUUACCAGCCAUGUAUGACUAGAGCUAUAGACUGUUGAUUUGGCUGUAUUUACCAGUCAUGUCUGACUAGAGCUAUAGACUGUUGAUUUGGCUGUAUUUACCAGUCAUGUCUGACUAGAGUUCUAGACUGUUGAUUUGACUGUAUUUACCAGUCAUGUCUGACUAGAGCUAU